UAAUCGUUCAGUAUACAUCAACUGGGCAGUGCUUAGCGGUGGUGUUUUGUGUUCGUCCCGUUUCCGUAAGCUAUAAAGCGGUUAGAAAUGCGCUCGUACACGGCGUUGAUCCUUUCGGCAGCCGUCUUCGGGAUGGUGGCUGCCCAGCAGCCCCGAACUGCGGCCGAUGUAGCCGUCGAUAUCUACAAAUCCUGCUUGGCUGAUGUCAAUAUGAAGUGCGUUAAAUCAAAGGCACUUUCCUGGUUGAGCACAGUUUCUGAUCAGGACGAGAUCAAAAUUACCGACACCUUGACCGUUAUUCGAACUGGAGUCGACGAUGAGGAAGCUCCAGAGGUCCAGGACCAACAGCGCAGCAACAAAGUUGUUCACCUGCUGAACAAAAUUGAUAGCUUCCUCUCAACCCACGCGUUGAAGAUGGGAGUUCCGGAGGUUCUGCAAUCCGAGGAAGCCCGUGCUUACAUCCCCGACUCCCUCAAGAAGGGAGGUCUUGCCGAAGAACUUGUUGUCCCUUUGACCGAAGGAAAUGCCGUUGAAGGCCGUGGCUUUGUGAAGAAAGUCAUGAUCCCCUUCCUGCUGGGCAUCAAGUUCAAAUCGACUGUGCUGGUUCCAAUGGCUUUGGCCUUGAUCGCCCUGAAGACUUGGAAAGCCAUGACUCUGGGCUUGCUGUCGAUGGUCCUGUCUGCCGCCAUGGUCAUCUUCAAGUUUGCCAAGCCAAAGAUCGUCAACUACGAAGUGGUGCACUACCCACCCCCGCACACCCACCACGUGGACCAUCACAUCGAUCAUCACCACCUUUCGCACCCGCACGUCCACUGGGAUGCACCACCUGCCUGGAGAAAACGAUCGCUCGAUACCGCCCAGGAGCAAGCUUAUGCUGCUCAUCUGUAAGAUGGGGACGAAUCCACCCAAGGAGUGAACAUAGUGCAUCACUACGUGAAUCACAACACGAAUCCAAAGCUGUAAAUUAUUUAUUUAUGAACGAGCGUUGAACCGGACGAAUAAAUUAUUUAUUUUUUAUACGAAA